UUUCAUCGGCUGAUAUUCUGCUCGACUCGCUCGCGCCGUUUUCACGGUCGCAGUCGAAACCGGACACCAAACCGAGGAUCAUCGAAAUCGCCGUCAAGAUGACCCCGACGUCACGUUUCGGCAUCGUGUCGCUGCAGCUGGUGAUCGUUUUACUCAUCUGUGUCAGACACGGUGCAUCGUUAAAGUGCUACGUCUUCAGUUCGGACUCGGACGACUUCGCGAGUGAAGUUGCUGAGACGUAUUUACAGGAGUGUGAAAAGCCACAGGGCACGACGACUGAAGCUUCUGCGAGCACUGACACAGGAACGGGAGGCUCACCCAUUACUUCCGAGUCGCCGGCGACAGGGGAUUCUUCUUCCGAAACUUCAUCGCCAUCUUCGACAGAAAGAUCUUCCGAAACUUCACCGCCAUCUUCGACAGAAAGUUCUUCCGAAACUUCACCGCCAUCUUCGACAGAAAAUUCUUCUGAAACUCUACCGCCGUCUUCGACAGAAACUUCUUCCGAAACUUCACCGCCAUCUUCGACAGAAACUUCUUCUGAAACUUCACCGCCAUCUUCGACAGAAGGAUCUUCCGAAACUUCACCGCUAUCUUCGACAGAAGGAUCUUCCGAAACUUCACAGAAAGAUGACAACGAUGAAAACUCGGACUCGGAAGCACCCAAUUACCAUGUCCAACAAAUACCAAGGUAUCGCAGUCCGCGAUCAUUGUUCCGAGCUGCAAGUGACUUCGCUUGUUACAAAUCGAUUAUAAAAGAUGACGGAAAUGUGGUAGUUCACCGAGGAUGCAUUAAACGAACGCAGACAUGCGAGGACAUCGAGGAAUUUAAAUCGAAGGAUCAUCAAUGUUGGCAAUGCAGCGACAAGGACGGUUGCAAUUCUUCCUCGAUAUCAAGAUUGAGUAUCUUCUCCCUCUUGCCCCUUUUGGCGGCCAUUUUCUUAACGGCAAAAUAAAUUACUAGUCUUCAGGGAUUCGAAAAUUCCAAAAUCUCGCCUGGACCUCUCGCAAUAACCGCGACACCACGUGAUAGGAAAUUUCUGUACAUAAAUGAGUACCUUUGUAUGUAAAGACGCACUCUCUACGCAUUUUCCAGUCGAAUGGCAUCAAUUAAAUAAGGACGAAUAAAGUUUCCCCGGAAAUUGCUCCUUCCCUCCCGAAAAUCCCGAGAAAAAUCAAUUCCCGACGCCAUUUUGUUUUCGUUGAACCACCUUACCGAUGUUUAUGGAUUUCCUCUUGAGAAACAUGUUAAUCUGGGAGAAGCCAUCGAGAAAGUGUCGCCGAAUUUCGUGUCCGUCGAAAUUGGACGACGCGGCCGAACCGCCGCGUCUCCUCCGCCGUCUGCUCAUCCGUGAUAUCGAAACUUGACGAAGUUUGCUUAAUCGAGCUCCUCGGCGACGCCGAUGGCGCGUUGGAUAUAUAAACCGAAUAUCCAGCCGGAAAUUUCGGAAUCCUCUUCUCCCCUCCUCGAAAAAACAUUUCAUAAAUUAUUUCCUAGGCGACAUAAUUCCCUAUUUUCAAGCUGCGAGGCUUCGUUACCAAAAUAGUGCGAUAAACAUAAUUUCAAUUUGUGAGCCGCCUGAAUUUAAUUAAAAAUAGAGAAAUUAUCAUCGCAGUUCCAUGCCGCAAAAAUGGAGGAACUUUUCCGACAUGCGUAAGUAAAAUUCUUGUAUUUAUGGAUAAGUUUGUGCGCGAUGACCAGGAUUUCAUGAUUUACUGUAAGGCCAUGGUGGAUGGUCCCUUGCCACCAGUUCCUUGCACCCACCUGCAGUGAUAAGAAGGGCUGCAUCCCCAUAUUGUCCGACCCACGCCUUAUCGGAACACAUACCUCGGCCACUUCUCGCUGCGAUGCGCUUCGGGACGGUCUGAAAUUACGUUACGGUUAGCUGGAUAACGCCUCGAAGUUAUGCGAAACUCUCGCGAGUUUAUGGGGUUAGCCUGGCACUUCAGGAAUCCGGACUGGGCCGAAAGAAACAGGGAAAGAAGAUGGAUUUCGCUGUACUCCGCUCCGUUUCAACGAUUUUACGAAAUCCCGAGCAAUUUGGUGGGUCUCGAGUCGUUAAUUGUGCCGACCUCGAAAAAAAGAGAAAUUAAUAAAGAUCCUCUGAGGAGACUCCCAAAUUUCCCCGUCCCGGAUGUUAAUAAUUCCUCAAAGCGGAAGGAAAAUAAACACAAUUGAUAAUGCGAA